AUGACUUCGCCCCUCAGUAUCUYACAGAACUUCUCCACAUUAACACUCAUUCCACUCUCAGGUCCUCCUCCAUCCAGCUCGCUCAACCCAUCUGACCACUCUGAAGACGGACCCCCCCACUGUGGCGCCAGCCUCCCUGUCAUUUUCGGCAUCAUCUGCUUGACGGGCCUCACUGGGAACUGCAUCGUCAUGUACACCAUCCUGAAGAAGACCAAAUGCCGCGCCAAACAAACCGUUCCGGACAUCUUCAUCUUAAACUUAUCGAUAGUCGAUCUGUUGUUCCUUCUUGGGAUGCCGUUCCUCAUCCAUCAGCUGCUCGGCAACGGUACGUGGCACUUUGGGGCUGCCAUGUGCACGGUCAUCACUGCGCUCGACUCCAACAGUCAGAUCGUCAGCACUUACAUCCUGACGGCGAUGACCCUCGACCGGUACUUGGCMACGGUCCAUCCCAUUCGCUUCAACCACGUGCGCACGCCGUGUGUGGCGGUGUUGGUCAUCGGGCUGGUGUGGGUUCUGUCCCUGCUCACCAUCAUCCCCGUGUGGAUGUACGCAGACCUGAUGCCCCUCGCAGACGGACUGGUYGCCUGCGCCCUCCUUCUGCCAGACCUCGCCAGUGACAUUUACUGGUUCACGCUUUACCAGUUUUUCCUGGCCUUUGCCAUCCCCCUGGCCAUCAUCUGCGUGGUGUUCUUCAAGAUCCUCCAACACAUGUCCACCAGCGUGGCCCCUCUGCCCCCGCGGAGUCUGCGGGUGCGCACCAGGAAAGUGACCCGGAUGGCCGUGGCCAUCUGCCUGGCGUUUUUCAUCUGCUGGGCUCCUUAUUACGUCCUCCAGCUCGUCCACCUCGGGGUCCAAAGCCCGAGCCUGGCUUUCUCCUACGCUUACAACAUCGCCAUCAGCAUGGGCUACGCCAACAGCUGCAUCAACCCGUUCCUCUACAUCGUCCUCAGCGAGACCUUCAAGAGACAGUUUAUCAAGGCCGUGCACCCGCUGAACAGGAAGUUCCGCGUGAACCCGAGCACCACAGAUGGRGGCAGCGUGGGCAUGAGGCUGAUGCCUGAAGGAGCUCAGCAGGAUCCAGGACUGAGGGACAUGCUGCCGUCCAGCGAGGCCCCACAAUGAGUUAAUGAGCUACAAUAAAAUAAUUAUCCCCAGUCUAUGAGGUGCCAUUUGUUAAGUUACACAGUCAAAAAUUGCCACCUAAAUUUUUGUUUUAUUUUGCCUUUCA